UGAAGCUUCCGCCGCCGUAGCAGCCAAACUCUCCGGCACUUGUUUGUUUUUUUCCUUUAAGGGGAACUUUCAAACACGGGUUCAGCUGGCAGGAGUCAUGGCACGCCUGGUAGCCGUCUGCAGAGAAGGAGAUGAGGAUUAUCCAUAUCUGGCACGACAGAUUCCUCUGUAUAUUGAUGACACCCUCACGAUGGUGAUGGAAUUUUCUGACAAUGUAAUGGAUGUUGAAAGCCGUGAAACUAACACUUCUCACUGGAAACAGUUUUGUGAGUAUCACUCAAAGCUGAAGAAGCAGGACUUGAAUGUCGCCUUGAUGGUGACAUCCAGAGAGGUGUUUGGUGCAUUAUCUCAGCUGGUGCCGUGUGUAGGCUGCAGAAGAAGUGUGGAACGCCUCUUCUCACAUUUAGUGGAAUCAGGAAACCCAGCUCUGGAGCCCCUCACAGUGAAACCUACAGGCAUGCUCACUGUCACCAAGUCCUGUUUUGCAGACGUGAAGAAGCUUUACACCCUCUUUUAUGUUCACGGGUCAAAGUUGAAUGACAUGAUUGAUGCCAUUCCAAAAAGUAAAAAGAACAAACGCUGUCAGUUACAUUCGCUUGACACGCACAAACCUAAACCUUUGGGUGGAAGCUGGAUGGAUGUGUGGGAACUGAUGUCUCAAGAGUGCAGGGAUGAGGUGGUCCUCAUUGACAGUGCCUGUCUCCUUGAGACACUGGAGACAUACUUGCGUAAACACAGGUUUUGCACGGACUGCAAGAGUAAGGUGCUCAGGGCAUAUAAUAUCUUAGUUGGGGAGGUGGAUUCCAGUAAAGAGAAGGGCUACUGCGCUGCUCUGUAUGAGGGACUAUGCUGCUGCCCCCACGAACGCCACAUUCACGUAUGCUGUGAAACAGACUUCAUCGCUCAUUUACUUGGAAGAGCAGAGCCAGAAUUCGCAGGAGGCUAUGAACGUAGAGAGAGACAUGCAAAGACAAUUGACGUUGCACAAGAGGAGGUCCUGACAUGUCUGGGUAUCCACCUCUAUGAGCGGCUGCACAGAAUCUGGCAGAAACUUCGAGCUGAAGAGCAGACCUGGCAGAUAUUGUUUCAUUUGGGAGUUGAUGCACUACGGAAAACUUUUGAGAUGGAGGUGGAGAAGAUGCAGGGAAUCAGCCGUCUGGAGCAGUUGGUCGAGGAGCUGUCAGAGGAGGAGAGGGCCAAAGAGAUGAAGCUGGAGAAAAAGAGACAAAAGCGAAAAAAUCGACGCAAAAACAAGUGUGGCUUUGAUGUAUCCGAACAAGAGGCAGAAGAAAAGGAAAAAAUCCUGGAUGAGGGUUCAUUUGAAUCUGUUGAGGACAGCUGUAAGGCCUGUGGCAGCCACGAUGAAGAGGAGGAAGAGGCUGGCUGUGAAGGGACUGUUGACAGCACAAGGAGUACAUCCUGUAGUUGUCCAAACAUCAACAAGCAAGGUAAAAAUGCACACACACACCAAAUAAAAUCAAUCAAGCUUGAGUAUAAAACACGAAUGAGAAGCUUUGAAAUAGAUAUGUUCUUAUCUGUUUCUCCAGAUUUGUCCCCCAACAGCAAUGGAAGUGACUGUGGCUACUCCUCAAGCAUGGAAGGCAGUGAAAUGGCAUCACCAGAAGGCUCUGAUGUUGCCUGCUCCGAGGGAAUAUGCAACCAUGACGAAGCAGGCGAUGACCAAACUGUUCAUCACUGUCCUGAAGAUAAGGAGGAAGAUGGAACGGACAGUUUUGUAGACUGCUGGCCACACUCCGAAGAGUACACUCACUGCAAGAGUAAAAAGAAGAAGAGGAAGGAGAAAUGUUUUAGCAGUGAUCAGGGGCAAAAAGGUGAAAGUUGUAUGUCAGACGGGAACACGACGGGCCACAAUUUGACACCAGUGCAUUCUUGUAGAACCAAAGAAUUAUUUUCUUCCUUAUGCGGUGAAAAAUUGGCCAGUAUUGCACUCCGGCUGCCGUGGACAGGACAUCAUCAGAAGAACCUCGGCCCUCAUGUGAGGCCCGCAGAGGCCAAUACAAGCCUUGUGGAACUGCUGGGUGAUUCAGAAGGGACUUCUGAUGAGGAGAGUUGUCUGACACAAGAUGAAAUCCAGGCAUUUUUAGAAAGAAAUAAGUCCUUCUACAACAAUCGCCACCAGUACCGACAGCUGCUGAAAGAGAAAUUCACCAACUACUGCCGUGCCACUGAGCGGAGUAAGCCAGUCUGCAGAAAGUGGUUUACCACAACCAGUGUCAACUAACUGCAUAAGUAAUGACAUCUUCCCAUGGGGGGGAAACCAAUUAAACACUCAUGACCAUUUCUGCAGCAUUGUUUAUAAAUGAUACAUUUCAGGAUUACCUCUUUUGGUGUCUUGUGCGGUCAUUUCUCCUUCAAAGUAAAUGUGAUUCUUACUUUUUUCCUUGUCAAGCAUCUCUCUUAUGCAGCUCUCCAUUUCCUUUCUUGACCAUUUUCAUACCUGUAGUUCUAUUUGACCAAGCCGUUUGUCUGCUGUAGGGUUUUUGGGUGAGAGCACCGUGGAAUCAAAAAUCAAGCUUUGCAAUCUAUAUUAGGGAAGAAUUUUAGGAGUCUUAUAUUAUGUUUCUUUGGUAUGAUUUUUUUUUUUUUUUUUUUUUUUUUUUUCUUCUCUCUCUCUCUUUUCUUUAUUUUCCCAUUGGUGACAGUGUAGUGCUAAAGGUUGUACCAUUUAAAUGUGUACAGAAAUUCUAAAUAUAAAGAUUUUACAGAGAAUAAAACAUCCAUUUGUAUUAAGGUUUUGGGUGUGAUAAGAGCGCAAUAUGGAGAAAAACAUUACUAAAUAAAGAAUAUUUAUUAAUAUGCAUUACAAGUGUUUUUAUUUCCCAAUUCUUGAAGACUCCAGUAUUAUUCUAAGAAUACAUGAAUUCUAGUCACUCAUUAAAUAAUCAUCCAUCAUGGACAAUGUCUCCCAGCCCCUUCAUGAGACUGUCAGAGCCCUGCAGAGCUCCAUCAGCGACCGGCUUCGAUGCGUCACUGGGAGGCAUCGCAGGACCUUCCUCCCCGCUGCCAUCAGACUCCACAACCAGGCUGGAUCACAGUAGCAAACGGACAAUAAUAACAAGAUCAGAAUCAGGUUUAUUGGCCAAGAUGGAAUUUGACUUGGUUAUUUUAGUAGAUGUGCAAUAUCUCCCUACCUCAUACACAUCCUA